AUGCGCGUCCCAGAAAGGGAUCAGGUGAAUACCACCAACAACUGUUUGAUCGAUUGCCACCUCGACGUCUGGACACGAUUUCCUGUUCAAGCUGCUAUCCGGAGAGAAAACAUCAGCCAUCUUGGGCGCAGUAGACAAUCUAUCACCUUCUUGACCGACAACCCUGAGGCUCCUUUUGCUGCAUAUUUCCAUGGUUUGAUAAGAUCCUUCCAGGAUCACGUCCACAAACCCACCGGCGGAGUGCUCUCGGAGAUCAAAGUAUGUGCGCUUCGUCACGCAGAUUUUUCUUUCCAAGAUCUGGCAGUCUCCUUGUUCUCUGCUGGUGAAUGGGUCGUAGAGCUGCUGUGCCUAAUCCCACUCCAUCUCGCUGUCACACGCCAAAAUAGAUUCAUUCCAUUGAAAGAUGGCGUCUGGACCCCUGAAUAUGAACGUGAACUACUUGGUGCGGACGUUGGACAGAUUGUCGACGCACUGAGUCUGGGAUGGUAUGAAUCUUUAUUCCAGUCGUACAUGGUCUCAAAGCCAGUUCGAGUCGUCAGCUCUAUGGGCGAGCAAUCUGUUGGUAAAAGCUACUCCUUGAACCACUUCGUAGACACUUCGUUUGCUGGGUCAGCAAUGAGAACAACUGAAGGUGUAUGGAUGUCGGUAACUCCGACCCAUGAUGCUCUUGUUGUAGCGCUCGAUUUUGAAGGUGUACAUUCCAUUGAGAGAAGCCCUCAAGAAGAUGCAUUACUUGUUCUAUUCAACACUGCGAUCUCGAACCUGGUACUGUUUCGCAACAACUUUGCUCUGUCUCGAAAUAUUUCUGGCCUCUUCACGAGCUUCCAAUCAUCGUCAUCUAUUCUUGAUCCUGCAUCUAAUCCAGGGAUUUUCAAUGGGACUCUCUGUAUUAUUAUUCGCGACGUCGUUGACACUGACGCACGAGAUAUCAUCAAUGAGUUUAGUCUGAAAUUUCGGAAAAUCGUUGAAGAUGAAAAGGAGGACAACUUCAUUUCACGUUUGCACCGUGGUCGCAUAAGCAUCAUCCCGUGGCCAGUGAUCAAUACUCACCGCUUCUUCAACUUGUUCGGGUCUCUGAAGAAGCGAUUCGAGCGGCAAGGUGUCACCUACACUAGCGCUGGUGUUUUUUUACAUACCCUCAAGACAUUGAUGGCAAAGCUCAAAGCUAACGAUUGGGGUGCUUUGGAUCAAACCCUUGCAUCGCAUCGGGCGCGUGUUUUAACAUCAUCACUUCGAGGAGCCCUCUCCCGUGGAUUGAUGGAACCUGACUGCGAACCAUUGAAGGCGCUCACACAUCACCUAUCAGGGCUGAUUGAGACUCGCAUUACCCUUGUCCGCGACUGGCUUAGUGCUAAUACCUCACGGUUCAAGGACUUUGACGACGUCCAGCGUCUUCGUCGCACGGCAGAUAUCGCAUAUCUAGACGUGCUCGCUUCGGUCCAGGUCUGCAGUAUGCAGUGUCUUAACUGCAGCCUUGCAUGUAUACGACCAAAAAAUCACCCAUUGGAUCACAUGUGCGGUACAUCACACAGAUGCUGGAGGCAAUGCGAGAUUUCCGAGCAACAUUCUUCACCAAAAGAUUGCGGUUUGCCGUGA